AGUAUUUUGAUUUAAUUUGGUUGACAUUAUGCUUGAGGUCAACGGGUCCGAACUCCGAAGACCCCAGGAAAAUGUGAAUCCAACACCGUUGUUCACGUUUCAUAACACGGGAACUUUCGUGCGACCUCUCUUCAGUCUCUCGACACUGACAUUCCAGUAAUGAAGUAGAUUGUUCAAAGACUUGUUCAGGGUCAGAUCGCUGCAAUUUUAGGUUUCAACUCAUCGAUUAAAACCUUAAUCUUCAAAAGUAUAAGGGGUUUUUGAGUUGCGUUUUUAUCAAUAUGCAGAGUUCGUCGAAUAAAAGUCACGAAAAUCAUGAUGAGAGGACAAAUGGAGAAGAUGAUUCACUGAUGAUGACCAUUAAUUAUCUUCGAGCGAGGCUGCUUUCGGAAAGAUCGAUUUCUAAGGCGGCGAAAGAAAGAACUGAUGAGCUUGCAAUAAGGGUUAAGGAGUUAGAACAGCAGCUGAAGGUUGUGACUCUUCAGCGGAAAAGGGCGGAGAAAGCGGCCCUAGAUGUUUUUUCAUAUUUGGAGAGUCUUGGUGUUAGUGACAUUUCUGAGGUGUGUGAUUCUGAUUCCAAUGAGGAAGAACCUCAGUGUGAAUCAGAUAUGGAUAAGGGUGAUACCACCAAGGAUGACAAGAAAUACUCAGGUUCGGAGCCGGAGUCUACCCCUUCAUUUGAUAGAUCAUUGUUUUGGAAAGGUCGCAAAGAGAGGACUCGACUCCUCGAGAAAAAGAGUCUCAAUUCUCCUGUCUGGAGCCGAACUAAUCUUGUUCAAGUCAACUCUUCACCAAGGCAUCGCCUUGGCAAAUCAUGUCGCCAAAUCAAAAAAAGAGAACCAAGGUCAACAGUUGAGGAGACGAGACGGGACUCUGGUAAGUCUGCUGCUCAGGAAAGCAGUGGGGUGGACUGUUUCGAUCAUUGUCUUGAUUGCUUAGACUUCCGGAGUGAGGAAUCAAAGAAGUCUCCUGAGAAUUGUGGUGAUAGAUAUUCCCAAAAGGAAGAAAUUUCUCAUUCCUUUCAGGCUCAGGCACAGGAAUACGAUGCUGGCAGCUCCACACAUGAACGUGAAUGCAGUGGUGAGAUGAAAAGAGCUCUUCAACAUCAAGCACAACUUAUAAGAUGCUAUGAAGCCCAGGAAAAAGCUCAAAGAAUUUGGGAACAGAAAUAUGGGGAGAAUGAUGAUUCAUGUGAACCUGGUGACCAUUCAGACGUCACUGAGGAGAGAGAUGAGGGGAAAGCAGUAGUUCCUCAGUCCAUUGAGGCUGAUGAGUGCGAUGGCCAUGACCAGAAAGCUGGGACGGAAACAAAUUCUGAGGGGGGAAGACUAUCUGCUCAAUUUAAUAGUUUCAAGGUAUCUCAUGAUGCUGAUCCAGAAUGUUCAGAGGAACAAAACGUCAGUGAGAUGCAGCCGUUCUCUGUGCUGAACAGUAAUCAAUCUUCAAAACAUGCAGCAAGGCACUCGUUACAUGCAGGUGAAGUUGAUCCAUUAGCCAAUGAUAGUGCUUCGUUUGAACAUCAAUCACUACACACAAAUGGACCUCGUGCACUUGUACCCUAUGAAAAACAUGCUAGGAUGGGAAUGGUACUUGAGGCCCUUCAAGAAGCCAAGCUACUGGUCAAACAAAAAAUGAUAUUUGCUGAGAGGCCUAUGGAAACUUCUGCUCCUGCAAACAAAGAAGUUGAUUGGUUAAAACUUCCUGUCGGAUGCUCUGGCCUUUUUAGAGUACCAACUGAUCCUGAGGUUCAAGCUCCCAGUCCGAUUAAGUUCUCGAGUUCAGAUUUUCCAUCUGAACCAACCAGUUCUAAUUUUAAUUCAAGAACUCCGCCAGUACAAGGUCAUCAAUAUAUUCCCAGUCCUAUGGGAUCCAGAUUUGGUAAUCAUAGUGGUGAUCCAUUCUCAGAGAGGCAGCCAAGAUACGACUUUCAGUUCAAUACAAAUGUAUCAGCUCCCAGUCCAUCCAACUUAUCGUCAAACUCCAAUUCAAGCUUUCCAGAUUUCUUCCCACGUAUGCCAUCAAAUCAGAUGAUGUUCAGCCAGUUCCCAGGGAGUGAAGCUGGGAUGCCUCCAUCUGCAUACCCGUUCUCGUUCCAAAAUCAUGACGUUAGACCACAUAUAUAUAGAUAAUUCCACCAUUCGAGCUGAUAUAGUCUGUAUUUACUGGUGGCAUUCUUCCUACUUUUGACAUUACUUAAAAUUAUAAAAAAAAGGUAUAUAGUAUUGGUUUCUUAUAGUAGCUACAUGUACAUUAUACAAGCGCCAGUUUGUAAAAUUGAUGGUUUGAUAGGUGCUUGCAUUAUGAGUACGACUCCAUUCGUGAAUCUCAAUCAAAUUUUAAUUUUAAUGUCU